AUGGAGUCAAGGCGGUUUGUCCGUGAUUUUAGUACCUUGGCCGCACCCUUAACUGAAGUCAUCAAGAAAGAAGUUGGAUUCAAGUGGGAGAAAGCACAGGAGGAUGCUUUCCAAGCUCUCAAGGAUCGCUUGACUAAUGCCCAUGUUCUUAUUUUACCUGACUUCUUGAAAACUUUUGAGAUUGAGUGUGAUGCUUCAGGUAUUGGCAUAGGAGCUGUCUUGAUGCAGGAUAAGAAGCCAAUCGCUUUCUUUAGUGAAAAGCUUGGAGGAGCCACUCUCAACUAUCCAACCUAUGACAAAGAACUCUAUGCCUUGGUCCGUGCCUUGCAAACUUGGCAACACUAUCUCUGGCCAAAGGAGUUUGUCAUCCACACAGACCAUGAAUCUCUCAAACAUCUCAAGGGCCAACAAAAGCUCAACAAAAGACAUGCCAGGAGGUACACUCUUCUCUCAACUCUUGAUGCUAAACUCUUGGGCUUUGAACAGAUAAAAGACUUGUAUGAUUCUGAUUCUGAUUUUGCUGAGAUUUACAAGUCUUGUUCUAAGGAAGCACAUGGAGGAGGCUUGAUGGGACACUUUGGUGUGGCCAAAACACUUCAAGUCAUGCGUAUCAUUUUCAUUGGCCGCACAUGA